AACAGCCUAAAUCUAAUCCUCACAAAGACUAAAGGGAUUGGCAGGAUACAUUUUUCUCCGUGAGGAAAAGAGGGAUUUUAUUUAUCACUGUCUUUUUUUGUUGCGUUGUUUUCAUUUUCUAUUACAAUAUCAGCGGGGAAACCAGUAUUUUCAUCACGAAAUUUCUCUAUUACCCCAUACUGUUGACGUUUACGCUUCAACAAUGGAAUCUAUCCGCCCUCAGCGACUUCAACCAGGGAUAGGAUUUGGAGCUGGAUCGACUGGGACCCUACGGUCUUCUCUCCGGCCUGGGGUUACAAUGCCAACCGCACCUCUACUGCCUCCCCCGGCCUCUUUAUGUGCUUCCUCUGGGCCGCCUCCGCCGCUUCAACUGCACAGUCUUCACGGCACUAUUGGGAGUGCGGGGCUCGGAACAGGGAUGGCUGGAUUCGGUCUAUGUAAUCCAGGGAACCCGGCGGUCUUGAAGGAGGCGGUGGAGGCUGUUGUUCGGAGUUUUGCUAAGCAUACGCAGGGCUAUGGCAGAGUGAAUGUGGUGGAAGCCUUGCAAGAGUUCUGGCAGAUGAAGCAGUCAAGAGGGGCAGACCUCAGGAAUGGGGCGCUGGUGGUGUACGAGAUGGUCCCAUCAAACAACCCACCCUACGUUUGUUACGUCAGUCUUCCAGGGGGAAGCUGCUUUGGGAGUUUCCAGUUUUGUCCAACCAAGGCAGAGGCAAGACGUAGUGCUGCCAAAAUCGCUCUGAUGAACUCGGUUUUCAACGAGCAUCCUUCCCGCCGCAUCACAGAUGACUUCAUUGAGAAGAGUGUAUGUGAGGCGCUGGCCUCCUUUAAUGGAAACCGAGAAGAGGCAGACAACCCCAGUACAGGUAUCGGGGCGUUUCGCUUCAUGCUGGAGUCCAACAAAGGAAAGUCAAUGCUGGAGUUUCAGGAAUUGAUGACAGUCUUUCAGCUGCUGCACUGGAAUGGAAGCCUGAAGGCCAUGAGAGAGAGACAAUGCUCCCGUCAAGAAGUGCUGGCUCACUACUCCCAUCGGGCGCUGGAUGAUGACAUGCGUACCCAAAUGGCUGCUGAUUGGGUGAACCGGGAGCAAGGCUUGGCUAGCACCAUCGCCCAGGAGGUGGCGGCAACAGAUCAAGAACUUGAGGAGGCCAGGCUGGCCGGUCAGGAGCUGCGCUUCCACAAGGAAAAGAAGGACAUCCUGAUGCUGGCUGUUGGCCAACUGGGUGCAGCCAACAAUGCCACCCUGCCUUCAACCUGCUAGACAACUCUACCACAUGGGUGGAAUUAAAUCCCAGGACCUGCCUUUGCUAAUGAUUGUACAUGACAUCAUCUCAAGGAUAUUGUCACAGAAAGAUCUUACACACCAAAAUAGACCAAUGUCUGUCUCUUAAAUCUCUCACUAGAUUUUCUGCAUGAAGGAUAUUGAAAGUUAUUUGAAUAUUACAUAAUUUACGCACAUACAGUUGAAGUCGGAAGUUUACAUACACCUUUGCCAAAUGCAUUUCAACUCAGUUUUUCACAAUUCCUCACAUUUUAAUCCUAGUAAAAAUGCCCUGUCUUAGGUCAGUUAGAAUCACCACUUUAUUUUAAGAAUGUGAAAUGUCAAAAAAAUAGUAGAGAAUUUUUUAUUUCAGCUUUUAGUUCUUUCUUCACAUUCCCAGUGGGUCAGAAGUUUACAUACACUCAAUUAGUAUUUGGUAGCAUUGCCUUUAAUUGUUUAACUUGGGUCAAACAUUUCAGGUAGCCUUCCACAAGCUACCCACAAUAAUAUAGGUGAAUGUUGGCCCAUUCCUCCUGACAGAGCUGGUGUAACCGAGUCCGGUUUGUAGGCCUCCUUGCUCGCACACAAUUUUUCAGUUCUGUCCACAGAUGUUCUAUAGGAUUGAGGUCAGGGCUUUGUGAUGGCCACUCCAAUACCUUGACUUUGUUGUCCUUAAGCCAUUUUGUCACAACUUUUGAAGUAUGCGUGGGGUCAUUGUUGAUUCGGAAGACCCAUUUGCGAUCAAGCUUUAACUUCCUGGCUGAUGUCUUGAGAUGUUGCUCCAUUAUAUCCACAUAUUUGUCCAUCCUCAUGAUGCCAUCUAUUUUGUGAAUUGCACCAGUUCCUUCUGCAGCAAAGCACCCCCACAACAUGAUGCUGCCACCCCCGUGCUUCACGGUUGGGAUGGUGUUCUUCGGCUUGCAAGCCUCCCCCUUUUUCCUCCAAACAUAAUGAUGGUCAUUAUGGCCAAACAGUUCUAUUUUUGUUUCAUCAGACAUCAGAGGACAUUUCUCCAAAAAGUACGAUCUUUGUCCCCAUGUGCAAUUGCAAACUGUAGUCUGGCUUUUUUAAUGGCAGUUUUGGAGAAGUGGCUUCUUCCUUGCUGAGCGGCCUUUCAGGUUAUGUCGAUAUAGGACUCGUUUUACUGUGGAUAUAGAUACUUUUGUGUCCGUUUCCUCCAGCAUCUUCACAAGGUCCUUUGCUGUUGUUCUGGGAUUGAUUUGCACUUUCCUCACCAAAGCACUGUGUUUGAAGGUAGGCCUUGAAAUACAUCCACAGGUACACCUCCAAUUGACUCAAAUGUCAAUUAGCCUAUCAGAAGCUUCUAAACCCUUGAAAUCAUUUUCUGGAAUUUUCCAAGCUGUUUAAAGGCACAGUCAACUUAGUGUAUGUAAACAUCUGACCAACUGGAAUUGUAAUACAGUGAAUUAUAUGUGACAUCGUCUGUCUGUAAAGAAUUGUUGGAAAAAUUACUUAUGUCGUGCACAAAGUCCUAAUUGACUUACCAAAACUAUAGUAUGUUAACAAGAAAUUUGUGGAGUGGUUGAAAAAUUAGUUUUAAUGACUCCAAACGAAGUGUUUGUAAACUUCCGACUUCAACUGUAUAUAUAUAUAUGUAUGUGUGUGUGUGUAUGAAUAGCUAUUACAUUACUGAUCUUAUAUACAGAUUUUGGAUCUUAAUUUGAUCACUCUUUUGUUGCUAAGAAUUUUCCUGCACUGCAGUAAAUGCAGAUGAGCUUUGUGAUUUACUUAAAUUCAAACUAACACACGGUUAUAUUAAUAGCAUUGCACUUUUCAUACUUUUGGCCAGAUAAUAGCCAAACCACUGAUCAAGAAUAUUAUGAACAAAAUGUUCAUAUCUUGUUGCUGCAGGAUUGUUUUGCUGUGAAAAUACAGGUCAAAUUAAGAUCCUAUAUCUGUAGAGUAUCUUAAGUGAUAACCAGCCUUAUUUGCAAAGAAAGAACCGCUUCACCGAUUCAAACUGAUUUGCCUUGCUUUGCUUGUUAGAAUGGAUCAUUCACAAGAAUGUCAGUUAUCCAGCAGUGUUGGAAAAACUGCUCUUAAUGCAGCUUAAUGACUAAUCGUUCAGCGUUAUCAUUCAUUUUAAACUCUAUUAUUUGGCUAACACUUAAAGUAAUUUAGACGAUACUGAUAUGCGGAUUGACCAGUGCAUUGGCGUUAACUCUGUAAUGUGAGAAUUGUGUGCAAAACAAAAACCUAGCAUACACAGUGCACAAAUGUAAGUGUUUGUAGGAAUAUAUGGAUUGCACUUUCCCCCGAACUUCAAGUUACUCUCAAGGUAAAAAAAUAAAUAAAAUAUUGAGGCAUUUUGGCAGUAAUACACUUCCAUAGAUAAAUAAAAAGGACAAAAAAAUAAAUGUAUGGUGAGUUACCCAUGGUUGUUAUGGCAAUUGUCUGGCUACCAUUAACAAAUACAUUGUCAAAAAAAACGUUGUACUUAAGGAAUUAAGUUUAAUGUUUGGUUCCCACUUUUAUAUAAAGUAUAACUAAAACUACCAAUCUUACCUGGUUGUAAUUACAUUGGCAGGUACAUUGUUCACAUUGUUGUAAAAGUACUCCUGCCUGUUUUAACCCAAUCAAUUUCAGUUUGUCGCAACAUUUUUACACAUACAUUGUAUCCAGAUUGAUCAAAUGUGUACCUACACUGAACCUGUCUGUGUAAUUACAUAUAUUUGUUUGACAUUUAGCAGACACUCUAAUGCACGUGGGACUAACGUUUGAGUGUAAUUCCUUAACACAGGCGGCAAUCUUUUUGUUAUUACCCUGCCUUCUAGCUUAUCAAGAUGUGCAUGAUUCAUAAAUCCAUUAUAACAAAAUGUUAUCUAUAUAAACUUUUAUUUGUUUCAUACUGUUCUUGUGUAUUUUAUAUGACCCAUUUUAAAUUGUUACUUUUUUUUACUCCGUGUAGGUUUGUAUUUCGAUUUAUAUACAUAAAAUGCAAUAAAGCAGUCAAAAACAACUCACUGCUUCCAAUGCC